AUGAAUAUUCAGUUAUCAUCAUUAUCUUAUAAUAAUGCAAAUGCUUAUUAUGUGAUACGUUCACCAAAAACUGAGAAACGAACACAUACAGAAGACGAAAGUCUGGUUCAUUAUAAAGAAAAGACGAAAAUCGACACGACAUCUAAAACUUCUAUUAAAACAAACAAUGGUACAUCAUCACCGUUAUCAAAGCCUUAUACUGUUUAUUAUAAAGCACCUAACAGCAAACCGAAUGUUACAACAAGUUCAGAAAGCCUAUAUCAGGAUAAAAAUACAGUGAAAUACGAGAAAGCUAUUAAAAAUCGUCGAGAGAUUAGUGAAGUUAUAAAGUAUAUACCAAAGAAUAAUAAUGCCUAUACACCGAACUCAAAUAAACCCACUAAUAAUAACAACAAAAAGAACAAUAAUAAUAAUUAUUAUUAUAAAAAUGACAACAGCUAUAGUAAUGGUAAUAAUGGCAAUUACGCAACCGACGAUUAUAAUCGGAUAAUACAGAAUAACAAUAAUCCCAGCUAUGAUGAUUAUAAUUACGACUACAACGUUAACUAUGAACCUUAUUUUAAUGAAAACAACGGAUACAACAAUGAAAAUUACGAUACUAACUACAACUACAAUGGAGAUUAUAGCGAAUAUACACCUGGUAGCUACAAUCGUAAUAAUUACUACGACUACGACAACUAUGACAGUUAUAAUGACAAUUACAAUUAUGAAAAUAAUAACGGAGAGUAUAACCGCUACAGAUACAAUGGCAACAGUAAUAAUAACAAUCCUUCUUAUUACAACUUCAAGCCUUAUAACCGUAAUGACCAUAAGGGCAACAGACACGGUCACCGUCCUAAGCGCAACAGAUUUGGAAAGUUUAAUAAUAGGCCUAGAUUUAACAGUUAUCACUACUAUCCUACUGAUUACUAUGACAGUGAUGAUGGUUACUACAAGAACAAUAACGACAAUUACUUUAAUGAAAAUAAUAAUAAUAACAACGGCUAUGGCGCUGAAUACACUGAAGGUAACAAUUAUGAAUAUAGUGGGAAGAAUAAUUAUGGCUAUGAGGAGAAUCACUAUACCAUAAAUGGUCGUAAUCAUAACAACAAUGCAAAACACCGAUAUCAAGAUCAAAAUAGUAAGUUCAAUCGACCCAGUGGUCAUCUUCGUAGUCGUAAUUCGCACAGCGGUAAUAAUAAUAAUAAUCACGCAUACAAGGCUGACAGUUAUCAGACUUACAGACCGGAUAAUAAACCAAGAAAAGAUAAUCGAAAGAAGAAUGAAAAUCAAAAUUAUAUAGGAAGCAAACCUAAAGAAAAUUAUUCUAACGAUAAUAACAAUAGUGAUAAUUAUAAUGGAUACACAAAAGAUGAAGAAGGCAAAAAACAAAAAUAUGGGGAUGAAAAAGAGACAGGUGAAGAUGAAAUACCUGGUCUGGGAAAUCAGAACAACUUUAUGUCACCAGGAGGCGAUAGUUAUUUCGGAGGUAUGAUGGGAAUGAUUAAUCUGGGUAGUGCAGGCUUGGGAUUUUAA